AUGAGACUCACUAGUGGUUUGAAAAAUUACACAGAGGAAGAACCAGCAGAAGAACAUAAACAGACCAUUAGCCCGUACCAAAAGAUGUCCAGUAGUUUCAAUCAAGCAUUGGAUAAGUCGCUUCAAUUGCUUUAUGAUUAUUCCCCAAAUUUCGAAACUUCAAUUGAAUUAAUUCAACAAUUAGCUCAACAAUUAAAAUUAGAAACAUUUAUUGAUACAUUUUCAAUUACUGAAACAACAACUAAAAAACUUUCAAUUGCUGCUUCUUCAAUCUUAUUAGACAUUGACUUUGAAGAUGAUACCAAGAUAGUUAAUGUCUCAUUAUCCGUUGGUAACAGUCAUGUUAAUAACAAUAGUAGUAUUGGUAAUAAUGGAGAAUCAGGUAAACCUGGCGAUUUACAUAAAUUACCAUAUAUUGAAUCUACUCAUAGAGAUAAUCAUGGGAUUAUACAUAUAGUUAAAAUCAACCCCAAUAAGAAUCCAAUUUCUUUUUUAAAGGGACAAGAAUCGCAUGGACAGAAAUCAAUUGUUGAACAAAUCUUAUUAAAGAAUCUUCAAGGAUAUAAAUUAGAUAAAUUCCCCGGGAAUUUACAAUAUUUGGCCAUAUUUGAUAAAUAUUCCAACAGCAGUCAGGAUUUAUUCCAAUAUAUUGAACGUGUGGCUUUGUUGUUUUAUGCUAUAAAUGAUAUUGAAAGGGAAAAGAAUGGACCUGAUAAUUGGUUAAGAUAUUUUUGCAAUCGGAUUGGAGAAUUGAAAAUCAAUGAUAUUGAUCUGGCUAGAAUUGGAAUCUUUCUUGACUUCUGGCAAGAUUUUAGAUAUAUAAAUCAUCAAUAUUCAAUCGAAAAUAAUAAUACAACUACAUUAUUAGUUGGGAAUAGAUAUAAUUUCCAAAUUAAUAUUGUUCCAACUGCAAGUCAACAUGAAUAUUUAUAUGAGAAUAGAACCAAAGAAUGGGAAAUCUACAACAAUGGAAGCUUUGAUAGAUAUAAGUUUGAAUUCGAGGAUGGAUUAAUUGCAACUAGUGGAAAUUCUACCAGUGAUGGAGGACUCAAUGACAAUACGAACCCCUCCCCUUGGAGCUUUAACAUAACCCUUAACAACCGAAUCUAUGUCCCCAUCUAUGUCCUAGAAUACCUUGGGAUUAACUCUUACCAAACAAAACCAAAAGAUGAACAAGACACGAUAAUAGACUCUCUCUUUGAAACUAUCAAUAAUGGAGACGAAAUAAAUCAUGAUAUACAAAUAGCAAACACUCAGGUCGUAUUUUCAAUCAUCCAUGAUUUGAGUUCAUACAACUUCAUUCCACUUUCAGCAAUAACAAUCUCACAUCUAGUAGAUAUCGCCCACAUUAUUCCAAUAUUGCGAAACUAUAUCGUGCUUUCAAACCUUUACAGAACCUUAUUCAAGCAUGAUCUGACGAUAUCAAGUAUACCUCAACGUCGAAAUAGUCGGUUGAGUCAUAGCAGCGGUAGUGCAGGUGCUUUUAGAAGAAGAAGAAGAAGUUCACGUCUUUCCGGCCCACUACUCAAGAAUACCGCUGAAACGGAAUUAACUGAAGAAGCAAAGAAGAAAUUGAAAGAAAGUUUGAAAUUGCCUGAUGAUGUUACUGAUGAGGAAUUGUUGGGGUUGAAUUGUAUAAGUGAAACGGCGGCCUAUUCUACCAUUCAACCGAUCAAUAGAGAGGGAAAUUAUGAUUUGGAUUCAUUUAUGAAGGGUGGUAUGACAGGAAGUAGUGGGGAUGAUGAAGAAAAAGAUAAUUUGAAUGAUUUUAGGGAGAAUUAUAUUCGAUUAAGUGUUGAUGAUAUUGAUGUGACUUCGAAUGAUGGGGAUAUUCAUUUGACAUUUGAAGCAAUCCUGAAUUCAAUGGAGAUGUUUGUGAGAUUUAAAAUCGCCAAUGGAGAAAUCAAAAUCCUUGAAGAAAAAGAUGAUAAUAUGGAAGUUGAUAAUGAUAAGAGUAGGAGGUUUAUUAAGGCUCUUGAUUUAACGGAAGAUUUUGUUGUUGCAUUAAAGGCGAUAUUUUAA